AUGAAGCUCAUCGCCAUUUUCGUCUGUCGCUGCCCUGCCGGCUCGGACAGCGUUGUCUUCCUGAGUGCUGCUUAUGACCUCUCUAGCUUUUCCUUCUACCAACGGAACACUGUAAAGGAAGGUCUUAAGUUUGUUACAAGGACAGCCAUCCCUCGGCUGCCUGUAGGCAGCCAGCAGGAAGUAGAGCACGAGGGUUCUUGUGCCUUUGUUUAUCGUUAUCCUGAUUCUUUAGCUGUAUUGGCUAAUCCCCUAGAGAUGGACAAGUUGCUGCAGGCGCAGCAGAAGGCGGAUGCAGCACAGGCGGUUGCACAAUAA